AUUUGCACUAAUUUUUUUUUGCUAGACUAACCUGACUCUGCUUUAUAUAUAUGUCUUGAUGUAACCCUUCGAUGCCAUGCCCUUCCUUCGCUAAAUAUGUUAAGAUUCACACAAAGUAAGUAGCUAUCAAACCAUUCCUUCCGCUUUGCCUCUCUACCUUUCAAUAUUCCUGAACUCACUAGUUACACAGAACCUUAAUCAAGCAAAUACCAUAAAACCAUAUAUCUUACUCUUCAACCACUUCUUCUCCACCGUUGUUUCUCAUUUCUCACUACUUCCAACACUCCCAUGCACGUCACGUCGUCACAAAGCCACAUGAAAGCCGAGCUAAAGGGCACGACGUCCAUUUCCUUUCAAAACCCUACCACCACUCUCUUCAACAACCCUCUCUCGGGAGCACUCAAAGGGUGCCUCGGAAGCCUCGAUGGGGCAUGUAUUGAGAAGCUCUUGCUCCACUGUGCCAGUGCUUUGGAGAGCAAUGACGUCACCUUGGCUCAACAAGUCAUGUGGGUGCUCAACAACGUUGCUUCCCCUGUGGGGGACACUAACCAAAGGCUCACCUCGUGGUUCCUAAGGGCCUUAAUCUCCAGGGCUUCAAGAAUUUGCCCCACUGCCAUGAGUUUCAAAGGAAGCAACACCAUUCAAAGGAGGUUGAUGAGCGUCACCGAGCUUGCCGGGUAUGUGGAUCUAAUUCCUUGGCAUAGGUUUGGUUAUUGUGCAUCCAACAAUGAGAUUUACAAAGCAAUAACGGGGUUCCAAAGGGUGCAUAUUGUAGAUUUUAGCAUAACUCAUUGUAUGCAAUGGCCUACUUUUAUAGAUGCUUUAGCAAAAAGGCCCGAAGGACCCCCUUCACUUAGAAUCACGGUUCCAUCUUGUAGACCACAUGUACCCCCCUUGGUCAAUAUAUCAAUACAUGAAGUUGGGUUACGUUUAGGAAAUUUUGCUAAGUUCAGAGAUGUCCCUUUUGAAUUCAAUGUUAUAGGAAAUACAGGACCAUUAACAACAGCGGAAUUGAGUGAUGAAUCAACUAAUUUUCACUUUGAAGCAAUGUUAAGUCUCUUGAAUCCUACCAUGCUAAACCUUAGGGAAGAUGAGGCUUUGGUCAUAAACUGCCAAAAUUGGCUACGCUAUUUGUCUGAUGAUAGAAAGGGAAUUAGCCGCCAAAGUCUGUCGCUUAGGGAUGCUUUUUUGAAUAUAAUCAAAGGUCUUAACCCCCGGAUUGUGCUCUUGGUUGAUGAAGAUUGUGAUCUUAGUGCAUCAAGUCUCACAUCAAGAAUAACCACAUGUUUUAACCAUAUGUGGAUACCCUUUGAUGCAUUGGAGACUUUUUUGCCCAAAGAUAGUUGUCAGAGGUCAGAGUUUGAAUCCGACAUAGGCCAGAAGAUUGAGAACAUCAUAAGCUACGAAGGGCACCAAAGAAUAGAGAGGUCGGAAUCUGGGGUGCAAAUGUCCCAAAGAAUGAAAAAUGUGGGCUACCUCAGUGUUCCAUUUUGUGAUGAAACUGUUAGGGAAAUAAAAGGUUUGCUAGAUGAGCAUGCUAGUGGGUGGGGGAUGAAAAGAGAAGAAGGUAUGUUAGUUCUCACGUGGAAAGGAAACAGCUGUGUGUUUGCGACAGCUUGGGUCCCUUGUGAAAUGAGGGAUCAUAUCGGCAUUGAUGCAGGCCUGUCUUAAACACACUUCAUGAGAGGCAAGUUUGGACCUACCAUGAGGAUGGGGUUGCAAAUUGCAAUUGCUUAAUUCAGUGGUCCAAAGAGGAGAGGCAGAGGAAUUUCAUCUCUUUGUGAAAGUUUUGAAGUUGAUCUGCAAAAGACAACUAGAGAAAACGGCUGCAUUAUGAGAAUUAUUACUAUUGACAACUUUGUAAUGGAGCUCUAUAAAGUUGGGUCACAUGAAAGGCAAAAGGGAGAAAAAAAAAUGUGUACGCUGUCCUUUUAGUAUGAGACAAAUUUGUCUCUUUUGUUUCUUUUAUGCAGCUUUAACUUGUUUCUGCUCAGAGCUUUAGGUAUAACUUAUAAGAGGUUGUAUGGAAAUCUCUCUCUUAUUAUUACCUAGUAGUUCUAAUAAUGAAAAUUUUCAGAUUAAUUAUUAGCA